GCCUGUCUCCUUACCCUGGUGUUGUAUGCACUUCUUCCUUUUUCGGACCACAAAAGUAGAAGGCGACGUGUUCGUGGCGCGUUUUUAUUUGAUUGAUGGAAUGCUGCACUUGUGUGAGUUUUCUGUGCGAGCCAGAGGCUGUUUCUCAAUUCCAAGAACGCAGAGAAAGGACUUGUGUUCUCGUGGAGACUUGCCAAGCUUCCUUUGAAGAACGAAUUUUUUUUCAGUGAGUGACAUUCCUGCUCCACCACCUGAGUAUGAUGGUCGAGUCAAUAUGAAAGACUUCUGGGCAUCCGUAACUGCCGAAAUAGUUUGCCAGGGCCUGUUGGACAGUGCUUGUCAAAAUCCUUUUCUGGUGUCACCAUCAUACAACUACUGGGCUCCUUGGAUAGGUCCCAACACCAGAAAAGAAGAUACAGUUUUAAACACGGAGUAUGCCAAGAUGCACGCCCCAAGACCAGCUACUGAAGAUGCUGAACUUGAAGUUACUGAAGAGAGGCUAGAAGAAGUGCUUACCAAUCUUAAGGUGGAUGUGGUGCGAAGCCUUUGCAAGCAGUGUGGUCUAGACCCAUCAGGCUCCAAAAUGGAUCUUGUUUUAAGACUUAGACAGGAGAUGAGAAACCGGUCAUCUUAUGACAAGGUCUUCCAGAAGGUGUGGGGGGCUUCAGGGGGCUGGGCAGUCAUCACAUGCCCCUGUGGAGUUGUGUAUUCGCUGAAGUUCCUUAUUCGGGCAGAGUCUCCACGUGACUAUGCAGAUUGUCUUUUGUCUUUUAAACAUUUCCCAAAUAUCAAUAUCUAUGACUUUGCAAGGGGCUUAGCCACACACACUAACCUAAGGGAGCCAGAACGUGUCCCUUUCAGACCUUAUGAGGGACGACUAAAAGAGCCCACUCCAGAAAAUAUCAAGCUGGCCGUUGAGGGUAAGCUGAAAGUAAACCACCUUUGGUUGAAGGAAAAGAAGGACAACGUGGACCCAGACUGUCACCCUGUUACAGGUUCAGCUGAACAUUAUGCACUUUAUGAUCUGUUUCAUGAAAAGAACACAAAAGACGCUCGAGAUGCACUGCGUAAAAUUCAGAUAGUCCCAGAAUUGGCAGGCUGGGUGAACAGUCAAUGUGCUGAACAGCUUUUUUCUGACAUGAGAAAAAACAAUUACUUCCUCAACACACUCACUCCAUCUGGACACAUUUUCUUGAUGCGAAAUAUACUGCAGCAUUAUAACACAAAACGAAAUAAGAAGAUGGAAGAUGGCAUCAGAAAGAUUGUACCACAGAAUGCCCAGUUGCAUUUAGAUGAAAAUGGCCAAAUAAUAAUGGAAGCCACAGCUUCAGAUGGGACACCAGCAGCCACAGCUUCAGAUGGGACACUAGCACCGACCGCUUCAGAUGGGACACCAGCAUCCGUGGCUAGGCUGAUGUGUGCAGAAAGGGAAAUAAAAGACUUCAGGCGCUGGGAAUGCCCGAAGACUUUGCAUGACUAUGUGUUGGAUUGCACAAAGCCACAGGAUGAAGUCAUUGGUUCUGUUGGCACAACAGUCUUAAGAAGAGCAGACUGUGUUGGCUUGGGAACCAGCUGCCAACUAGAGGCAACAGUUGCAAACUGCUGUCUUUCAUUGAUAUGCCACCUAGCUGGACAGAAGGGAUCAGAUGUCCUUGCUGUGGAUUCCUAUGUAUUGGCAUGUUGGAGUCCACCUCAUUGCGUAGACCCUUUUGAAUCGCUACCAGCAGAUGCAGCACUUAAAGACUGCAUAUUAUUUCCGAUAUGGACACCUGGACACUGGCACCUGUGUUACUCAUGUAGAGCACGUUACCUUGACAGCUGAGGAAAGUCUCAGAACAGGCCUGCUGUGGCUUUUCCAUGGCCCUUUGGUGGCGAUUAACAAAUGCUGUUGAAAGAAUUGGU